AUGGCCAUCGUGAAUGCGGACAACGACCAGAUAUCCAAGAUCAACAACGCUUCCAAAACGCCGCGACAACCUCGCCAAACGAUCCCUCGACCUGCCGCCCAAGCUGACCCAUGGACCUGGCUCACCUCUUCCGAUUCACAUUUGCCUGGGGGCACGGGGAGGUGCACGUUUGAACUUCCUAGAUGUGCGGUCACCACGUCUUCAGGCCAGUCAUUCCAAAAACCGGACAAGGGGGUUCCUGAGGAGAUCGCCAAGGAGAGCAGCCAGACGUCUGUCGGGACCAUGCCCGAUGGCGUCGUGUCGUUGCUCAGCGUCGACUACAAUCCUGUCGUCCGCACGCCCGUCGAUGAUGUCAAGGCUGUCAAUGACGCCGCUGAGAUUGAAGACUUCAGGCAGUCCCAUAUAUGGAAUGGAGCUCUCGCUCGAUACUUUCGCGUGCCUCGAGGAGAGGGGGCGACUACCUCCUCCGACUGGGACAAGAGUGGUAUUCCCGAUAAACCUCUCGUGCGCUGGGCUGACGAUGACAUCCAGUCAUUAUUCCCUGCUCUCCUGAUCCUCAGGAUUUCCCGCUCGCAAGUCUCGGAGACUUCGGAUGCCAGUACCGCGCCUUGCUGA